AUGUAUGCUCACCGCCGCAACCGCCACCCUCAGCUCUCGUCUCCUGUUGGCGACUCAUACCCUCCAUCGCAGAGCUCAUCCUUCUUUAGCAACAUGCCUGAUCCUCAAAACUCCCACUAUGAGGAACGGCAGACAUUCGGAGAUCCUCAACGUGACUACCUGGGCUACGCAGCGCCAAGAUACGACAGAGACAACGACGGUGACGACCAUAGUCCUAACGCUACGCAGUCACACACCCACUGGCCUCCCAGCCCCUUGUACUGGGAGACCACACAAGCUGCCCGUCUCCCAGCCCACUAUCUACCCUCUCCAUGGAGAGAUGUUCGAAGGGCUGCACUUCGUCGUGAAAGAGAAGAAAGAAUGGAUACACCAUUCGAGAUUCUUCCAAGCAUCGAGAACGACGAACGCUUCCCUCGGAUCGUCCCGGACUCCCAGUGGGCAAGUGACUCGUCCUGGACGUCUCCACCAACUCCCGCAUCCGAAACUUUCACCUCACGAUCCCCUUCCUUCAGCGACGACUCCGACUCCGUAGCAGAACUAUAUCACGGCCGACGGCAUCGGAACCGAGCCCCCGACUACGUCUGCUCAACACCCGGAUCAUCCCCUCUUACUUCCCCAUCCCUAUCCCCAGCCUCAGCGGACAUGGACGACCGCAGCGCAACAGCUCGGGCCCCAACGCCACCCCGACGUCGGCAGCGUGUCCCAUCUCCAUCGCCUCCACCCUCCGUGCCCGCCCAUCUAACCGCAUUGCUGUUCCGCCUCAGUCGUCAGGCGCGUAAUCCGCACCUUCGGGCUAGGGCUCUCGCUGAUCCGGCUUUGCACGCAAUGCGGUUGCGCAUUGAUGAUUCUGCGUGGCAGCCUCAGCGUUGUCGUUGCGGGGAGUGCUUCUGUAGGAACCUUUUGGAUCGAAAUGGCGGAGUAGUGCUGGUUGACGGUGGGAGGUUUUGUGCGUUUUGUUGCGAGAACCACUAUGUUUUUUGA